AUGCUAUUUUCUUAUAUUGUCACCUUUCUAUCAACAUCUUUGCUCUUUGCCAGUGCGCUCGCCAGAUGGGAACCCUUUCGACCAGUGGCAGUAGGCACCACGGCGUCUCCGUACCUUCUUCAAAUAAACAAUGGCUUUGACCCCACGGUAGUAAGCCAAAUGACGGGGCACAAGAGGGUUAAAGUCAAUGACUAUCCUCAAAUAAUGUACGAGGACUUGAAAAAAGAUCCCCCGAGCGAAACCUUUUACAUUUACGAAGUAGAUACAAGGAAUGCAAAGUUCAGCUACAAAAUCGCCGCUUUUUUCACCCAACAAGUUGUGGAUCAUGACAGAAGCCGCCCUUGGCCAGCGGAAUAUCCAGCCGAGGAGCUCGCGCAAAGGGCUCCCUUCCCUUGGACCAUCGUCGCGGGAUAUUCGGUGCUUCGACCUGGGUCCACGAACUGGGAAUACGUGGUAAACAAAGACUACAAAAACCCGCUUAGGCCAUUGCCGUGGCAGAGGCAAAAGCACGAGAACCAGUGGAUCCCUAAAUGGGCAGCGGGCGGCCCUAGCGCCCCAGAGGGGUUGCACAAGAUUCAAGUAUGGCCGAAAAUAUAA